GGCAGGUGCAGCGCGGCGGCGGCAUGGGCGCGGGCAUGGGCGCAGCGGUGGCGGCCGGCGGCCGGCCCUGAGCCGCCCCUCCGGCCCGGCCAGCCCCGCGGCGGCCCGGGGAGCCCUGCCCCGGCCCUGCCGGCCCUGCCCCGCCCCGGCCGGGCCGCCUGGCGGGCGGAAGAUGCUGCGCACCGGGGGCCGGUAGUACUAUGAUUUGGUAUGUGGCCGCUUUGGUAGCAAGUGUGCUCGGCGCCCGCGGGCUGCCCGUCCAAGGUGCCCUCGGCUCGAGAGAGGAGCCCGAGUUUGUGACCGCUCGCGCUGGCGAGAGCGUGAUCCUGGGAUGCGACGUGAUCCACCCGCUCACGGGGCAGCCUCCUCCCUAUGUCGUGGAGUGGUUCAAGUUCGGCGUUCCCAUUCCCAUCUUCAUCAAGUUUGGGUUUUACCCUCCCCAUGUUGACCCGGAGUAUGCCGGUCGGGCCAGCCUGCACGACAAAGCCUCCUUGCGCAUUGAGCAGGUCCGCUCCGAGGACCAGGGCUGGUACGAGUGCAAAGUGCUCAUGCUGGACCAGCAGUACGACACCUUCCACAACGGCAGCUGGGUCCAUCUCACGGUCAACGCUCCCCCCACCUUCACGGAGACGCCACCGCAGUACGUAGAGGCGAAGGAAGGCAGCAGCGUCACCUUGACCUGCAUGGCGUUUGGCAACCCCAAGCCCAUCGUCACCUGGCUGAAAGAGGGAGACCUUUUGGGUCCCAACAGCAAGUACCAGGUGAGUGACGGGAGCCUGACGGUGCUCUCCGUCAGCCGGGAGGACAGGGGUGCCUACACCUGCCGGGCGUACAGCAUCCAGGGGGAGGCUGUGCACACCACGCGCCUGCUCGUUCAAGGACCUCCCUUCAUCGUUUCCCCUCCGGAAAACAUCACGGUCAACAUCUCCCAGGAUGCGCUCUUCACCUGCCAGGCCGAGGCGUACCCCGGGAACCUCACCUACCUGUGGUACUGGGAGGAGGAGAACGUCUACUUCAAGAACGACCUGAAGUUGAGGGUGCGGAUCCUGAUUGACGGGACGCUGAUCAUUUUCCGUGUCAAGCCAGAGGAUGCCGGAAAAUACACCUGUAUCCCCAGCAACAGCCUGGGCCGCUCGCCAUCAGCCUCUGCCUACCUGACGGUGCAGUAUCCUGCCCGCGUGGUGAACAUGCCCCCCGUCAUCUACGUUCCCAUCGGGAUACACGGAUACAUCCGCUGCCCGGUCGAGGCAGAGCCCCCGGUGACGCUGGUCAAGUGGAACAAAGACGGACGUCCCCUGCGAAUCGAGAAGUAUUCUGGCUGGAACCUGCUGGAAGACGGGUCGAUCCGGAUAGAGGAGGCAACCGAAGAUGCUCUCGGCACUUACACCUGUGUGCCUUAUAACGCCCUGGGUACGAUGGGCCAGUCUCCCCCUGCCCGACUGGUACUGAAGGACCCCCCCUAUUUCACGGUGCUACCAGGCUGGGAGUACAGACAGGAGGCAGGGAGGGAGCUGUUGAUUCCUUGCGCUGCUGCCGGAGACCCCUUUCCCAUCAUCGCCUGGAGAAAGGUCGUCUCGAAAAUGGGGCAACCGUCUGCCUUGCCACGACCGGAGAGACCAGAUCCCUUGCUGGUGGCCGGCGGUGUCCCCUGGGCCGCGCAGGUAGGGAAGCCCAGCAGGAGCAAGCACAACACGCUGCCCGGCGGCACCCUGCAGAUCCGCUCCCUCGGCAAAGACGACCACGGCGAGUGGGAGUGCGUCGCCACCAACGUCGUCGCAAGCAUUACUGCCAGCACCCACCUUACUGUCGUAGGCACAAGCCCUCACGCCCCGACCAGCGUGCACGUCGUGGUCGCCAUGACCUCAGCCAACGUCUCUUGGGAGCCCGGCUACGACGGUGGAUACGAGCAGACUUUCUCAGUUUGGUACGGCCCUCUGAUGAAGAGAGCCCAGUUUGGUCCCCAUGACUGGCUGUCUCUCCCUGUGCCAGCUGGUUCCAGUUGGCUACUGGUGGAUACCUUGGAACCGGAGACUGCGUACCAGUUCAGUGUCUUGGCUCAAAACAAGCUGGGCACCAGCUCCUUCAGUGAGGUGGUCACUGUGAACACUCUAGCAUUCCCUGUAACAACUCCAGAGCCUCUGGUGUUGGUUACCCCACCGAGGUGCCUAACAGCCAACCGGACACAGCAAGGCGUCCUCUUGUCGUGGCUUCCUCCCGCUAACCACAGCUUCCCCAUCGACCGCUACAUCAUGGAGUUCCGCGUUGCGGAGAGGUGGGAGAUCUUGGAUGAUGGCAUCCCGGGGACCGAGAGCGAGUUUUUUGCCAAGGACUUGUCCCAGGACACCUGGUACGAGUUCCGGGUCCUGGCGGUCAUGCAGGAUCUCAUCAGCGAACCCAGCAACGUUGCUGGCGUGUCCAGUACAGACGUAUUCCCUCAGCCUGACCUGACGGACGAGGGUCUAGCCCGCCCGGUGCUGGCUGGCAUCGUUGCCACCAUCUGCUUCCUGGCUGCUGCCAUCCUCUUCAGCACACUCGCCGCCUGCUUCGUCAACAAGCAACGCAAACGCAAGCUCAAGCGCAAGAAAGACCCUCCUCUCUCGAUCACCCACUGCAGGAAGAGUUUGGAGUCCCCGUUGUCUUCCGGCAAGGUGAGUCCCGAGAGCAUCCGCACGCUUCGUCCCCCCUCGGAGUCCUCUGAUGACCAGGGCCCGCAGGCCAAGCGGAUGCUGAGCCCCACCAAGGAGAAGGAGCUCUCCCUUUACAAGAAGACCAAGCGAGCCAUCAGCAGCAAGAAGUACAGCGUCUCCAAGGCAGAGGCCGAAGCCGAGGCCACCACCCCCAUCGAGCUCAUCAGCCGCGGGCCGGACGGCCGCUUCGUCAUGGACCCGGCGGAGAUGGAGCCCUCCCUGAAGACACGGCGGAUCGAGGGCUUCCCCUUCGUGGAGGAGACGGACAUGUACCCGGAGUUCAGGCAGUCGGACGAGGAGAACGACGACCCUGUCGUCCCCACUUCCGUCACCGCCCUGAAAGCCCAGCUCACCCCUCUCUCCUCCAGCCAGGAGUCCUACCUUCAGCCACCAGCAUACAGCCCCCGGUUCCACCGGGCACUGGAGGGUCCCGGCGCCCUGCAGGCCACCGGCCAGGCCCGCCCGCCGGCCCCCCGGGCUUUCCACCACCAGUUUUACGGUUACCUCAGCAGCAGCAGCCCCGGGGAGGUGGACCCGCCGCCCUUCUACAUGCCAGAAGUCAGCCCGCUGAGCUCGGUCAUGUCCUCCCCGCCGCUGCCCCCCGAGGGGCCCUUCGGACACCCCACCAUCCCCGAGGAGAACGGGGAGAACGCCUCCAACAGCACGCUGCCCCUUGCCCAGACCCCCACGGGGGGCCGGUCCCCCGAGCCCUGGGGCAGGGCCGAGUUCCCCUUCGGCAGCCUGGAGCCGGCCCCCGCGCCGUUCCCCCACCAGCUCCAGCCCUGCGAGGCGGCCGAGGGCUCCCAGCCCACCGGCUGCCUUCCUCGGGGGCCGCCUCCCUCCUCCCUCCAGGUGGUCCCCGCGUCCUACCCGGGCAUCCUGCCCCUGGAGGCACCAAAGAGCUGGACCGGCAAGUCACCGGGCAGGGGUCAACCUUCCGUGCCCACCACCACCAAGUGGCAGGACAAACCUAUGCAACCCAUGGGAUGUCAAGGGCAGCUAAGACAUACCAGCCAAGGUAUGGGCAUACCCGUGUUGCCUUACCACGAACCGUCCGAGCCCGUCGGCCCCAGCGGCACAAGCACAUUCAGCCUGGACACCAGGUGGUACGAGCCCCAACCCCGACCUCGGCCCAGCCCUCGGCAGGUCAGGAGGGCUGAGCCCAGUUUACAUCAGGUGGUGCUACAACCUUCGAGGCUUUCUCCUCUGACCCAAAGCCCCCUCAGCUCCCGCAACAGCUCCCCGGAGCUGACCGCCCGUGCCCGGCCCCGGCCGGGCCUCAUCCAGCAGGCGGAGGUGUCGGAGAUCACCCUGCAGCCCCCCGCGGCGGUCAGCUUCUCCCGCAAGUCCACGCCGUCGACGGGAUCCCCCGCGCCGAGCAGCCGGGGAGGCAGCCCCAGCUACCGACCUACCGCCACCUUCGCCUCCCUGGCCACCGGCUACUCCGGCUCCCAGGGCUCCUCCCUGCCCGUGGACACCAUGGAUGUUUUCGGAGACAUCCCCUCUCCGAGGAGGGCCGGCGAGGAGAUUCUCCAACCGGAGCCGACAUCCACCACGGUAGCCACCACGGGAAAACGGCCAUCUCCGUCCGGGGACGCUGCUGCACCUGAGAGGCUCGAAGCUCUGAAAUACCAGCGGAUAAAGAAGCCCAAAAAGUCAUCCAAGGGCUCCUCGAAAUCCAGAAAACAAUCCAACGGCUCUGCCUCCCAGGUUCAGCACCUUCCCAGCUCUCAGGUACUGUGGCCUGACGAAGCUGUCUGCCUCCGCAAGAAGAAGAGACACCCUCGUCAGGACCCCUUCGCCCGUCUCUCGGCGCUGAAGGACGACCUCUGCCACCGGCAGCUCCCCGAAGACCAGACAGCCAUUCUCAACAGCGUGGACCACGACGACACCGGCGGGCACGCCACGUUGCUUUAGCCUAGCGCUGGCCCGAGAAGCACGCGUUUAGGGAGAAAGUGUGGAAUUGAGCAGCUGGCCCUCAGUCACCGGAAGAAAUUAAAUGACACAGGGUGUAAUUAAUUGACAAGAAACUAACAACCCAGACGGGAACUGGUAAUCCCAUGAAUCUGAUUAUGAUAAAAACACGACCAAAUAAUCCCAGGAAAGCUGUAAUUGUGAAAAUCUCCCUGCCUCCCCCUUCCCAGCCUCCCUUUACGUGAAGAUAACAGCAACAGAACCAUCCGUGACAUCUUUCCUUCCCUAUCUCUGAAAGGGAAAACCAGAAAGACCCUGAGCCUCCCAAUCGGUCUGAGAUGUGAGAAAUCACCAUUUGUCUGUGCAAAUGCAUUUGAACCUUGUUAACGCGUACUCAACGCUGCGCGAGCACGCAGGUAUGGGACUGUUUUCAUCCAAGGGUGUUUUCCCCCCCCCAAGUACAAUAUGUCUCACUUUUGAUGAGGGCGGUUUUGAUUAAUUCUUCCCGACACUCCGUAUAUCGUUGGCAAAUGUUCUUCAGUGCUGUGUAGUAACGCGAUUUCUUACUACGUAACGUCUGUAAUCUUUAUUCGUAACUGCAAAACGGGGAGACGCCGCCGCAGGCGCGUGAGCGAAGGGGGUUUGGCUGCGUGGUCCCAAAAGCCUCCGUCGGCAGAUGCUGAGCCCAGGCGAGAGCGGCUGGAAAAUCCCCAGCUCUGCGGAUGGAGAUGGAUGGCUCCUCGGAGCGACCGCGCAAAGCUAAGCCCAGCGUUUCGCGUCAGCUUAAAAUGCGUUGCUGCUGGUUUCACUGUUUUUCCCCUUCUUUCUCCUGCUCCAGCCCGGCUGUGUAGGCUGUGACACCCGCCGGGGUUGUGUCCCUCCCUUUGCCCCAUCCGAGGAGACCCGCUGUUCCCCUCUCGGUAAUGCUGUUCUAACUCUUCACCAGAAUGUAUUUCCUCUUCAAAAUACUUAGGGUAGGUUUGGCGACCGGUGGUUUUCUGGAUUGCAUAGGCCUUUUAUUUUUUUUUUUUUUUUUUACCUUAGUAGGAAAGGUGUAGCCCGCUCCGAGAACAGCCGGGCUCGCUUUCCUGCUCUGCCUCCACUCUCUGAUUGCGUGGCCUUGGGCAAGUCACUCAACCUCUCUGUGCCUCAGUUCUCCCAUCUGUAAAAUGGGGAUAAGUCAUAUUUGAGCACUUUGGACAAGCACUUGGUCACCUACGGACUGCAAGUGCUAUGUAAAUGCUGAGUGCUAAUACCAAGUGAUCCCUACCUUUAAAAUAUUUAGAGAUUUUUUUUUUUUUUUGAAGUGGUAAAAUCAACCGCUGCAUCCAGGUUUGCACACUUCUUCCUCUGCGAUAAAGUGCUAAACCCUCCAGCCUGCCUGGGAAUAAAAUACCGAGUGUUUCAUGUGGAUAUUCUUGCUUUGAGUGGAUUCAGGCUGUAGAAGAAGCGUCAGGAGAAUCGAAGAGCCUGUAGGCAUGUUUUUUGCCCCAGGCUCUCCAUUUGCAUACGAAACUUUUGUUUAUUCCCAGGUAGAAUUGCCAAGAGAUUCUCCGCAAUCUCGCCUUUAAUUCUGCUUUGCCUUGGUUAUUGCUCUUGCUGCUGGUUGAACCUCAAAGGGCUUAGAUGUUUGGAGAAAGACGUGAGCUCUCAGCCAGGCGGUCGGGAUGCGGCGUUCCGACCACGCCACGCUCCCCGGGAGCUUUUAGGUCGGAGCCUGUUUAUCGCUCUGCCUCGAAAUAACCUGGUUUUAGAGGUUGUGCUUCCUUUUCCAGCAGGAUGCUCGGAAACCUGCAACCACGAAAAGCAGAGCACCGCGUCUUUUCCAAUCUUGAAGCCCUGACUUAGGUUUGAACCACUUGACAAUGAAUCCUCUAAAUCGAUAACGAGAUAUUUCCGAGCUUUAACAGCUUCGUGUAGGUGGUCUUCAAACCGUCAGCAGGUUUGUCUCGGGAAGGAGGGAGGGUCUCGUAGAAACGCCCCUCUCUUUCCAGCCUGCACCAGAGCUUUUUAUUGAGUAUGCGAUGAGUGACCUGACGUAAGACCCUCAACUAUCGGAGUGAGAAUUCAACUUUGCUAACAGUAUGACUGUGGAUUUCUUUUAUUUGAGCGUGUUUUAGGGAUUGCCCUAGAAUCCGCUCGGAUCUGAAUUGAUUUAAUGCCAUUUGCCCGCUUGGCAGCGGGGAAAACUCUGCCUGGCUAACUUCAGCUCGCCGGUAACUUCAGCGGUGCGGUGAGCCGGCGCGCCGGCGGCAGUGGCUCUCGCCGCACGGCUGCUCCCGACGCACAGGUGACGAUCGGGACCGGGGGAUGCCCCGGCCGGGGGGAGACGCAGAGGCUUUGUGCUGGCCGUGCCGCGGCUGACUUGCUCUUCCUUUCGCUCUCGUUGCCUCGACCUCUCUAACAGAAGGUUGUUUUUUUCCAUUUGAGUGCUUUCCAAACUAUUUAUGACGCCCGUUCGUAACAGGCGAGGCGGUGUCUUCAGGCUCUUGGGGUCGCUACCUCGGGACCGUAACCCCCGUCCUGUCUUAAGGAGCUCUAGAGGACUUGGAGUGCAGGGAAGGUUGACGGAGCGCGCCGGCUUGCUGGGGUCAGUCUUUUGAGAGUUGUUUUCCUUUUGCAGGUGUUUUGAGCCGCUGGGCCCCCCUGCUUUUCAUGGUCUUCGACCUUUAGAGGCUGGAGCUGCAGCCCUCUCUCUUUCAGCCGUGUACCUGCCACGCUGCUGGAGUGGGAAAUCCCGCCCGGGCGCCUCGUGGAAGCGGCUCUUCCCUAAAACCAUCCUUAACUCCUUUUUCCGCUAGACCGAGUUACCUUCCGAUAGACUCGGGCCGUGCUUUGGCAGACGGGCUCGCCUCUUGCUUUGGCAACCUCCUCGCUUCUCCCAGCCCUCUGGUUUCCAUGCCCUUCAGGGGGUCGCUCCUCUCUCCUCCCGCGGACCUGGGACAUCGAAGCUGUGUCAGACGAUGCCAAACGCUUCCCCCAUUUCAUCCCUGUUUGAACUCCGUUUCGCUUUGGUGGUUUGCAAACACAGCUGUUGCUGCUUCAUUUUUUUUUUUUUUUUUUUUUUCUUUCAUGCUGCAAAAUAUAUCUUGAUUUUUAUCUUCCUGGG